AUGUGCAGAAAAUCGACAGACUUAAUGCCAAUAAUCAUCGAUUCAGCGCAAUCUGUUGUCAGUGUAUGUCAAAAAGUUUUUGCUGAUCGACGAUGGAAUUGUUCGUCAAUUUUACUAGCACCAAAUUAUAAACAUGAUCUUACCAAAGGCACAAAAGAACAAGCUUUUGUAUAUGCAUUAUCAGCAGCAGCAGUUGCCCAUCAAGUUGCUAAAGGUUGUUCAGACGGUAAGCUACCGUAUUGUCCUUGUGGCUUGAACUCUCCAACUGUCUCGACAGAUACCACUUAUAAGUGGAAAGGAUGCAGCGACAAUAUUUUAUAUGGACAAAAAAUUAGUCGUGAAUGGGCAGAUGCACCGUGGAGGAAAAAAACAAAAAGUGGACGGAAUCGAACAACUACAAGGCGAACUCAUCGGUAUGCAAUGAAAGAGGACUAUGCACCAAAAGGAAACUAUAUUAGGCAGUGGCACGAGUCAGGGAUGCCCACUCGAAUAGUGAUGAAUCAGCAGAACAACGAUCUUGGACGUCAGGUAACAGAAGAAAGCCUGUAUCGCAAAUGCAAAUGUCAUGGAGUUUCCAGCAGCUGCAACGUUCAAACUUGUUGGAAUACUUUGCCCGAUAUUACAGAAAUUGCAUUUAAACUAAAAGAGCGAUAUAGCGAAGCGACCAAUUACAAUGAAUGGGCUAAUGAGGAUAAUUUUUCAAACCAACGACUAGUAUAUUUGAACAACUCACCAGACUACUGUGUUGAAGAUAAAAGAACUGGAUCCUACGGAACCACAAUGCGAGAAUGUAACGUAACUUCACCGGGUGCUGAUGGCUGUGGAAGUCUAUGCUGUGGUCGUGGUUAUAAUACCAAAACAGUAAAGGUUGAAGAGCAGUGUCAGUGUAAAUACGUUCACUGUUGUUAUGUUAAGUGCAAAACAUGCACCUAUUAUAUUGACAAACAUUACUGUAAAUAA